AUGUGUGAUUGUUGCGUUAAGUACUCCGACAAGACAUACCCUACUUUUUGCUCCUCCCACACUUUAGACGACUUCAGAUAUGUUGUCUUUUCAGUUGAUUUCAAAGAUAGAUAUACUCCACAACUCGACAAGGCUCCCAAACUCGAACCCCAAAUAUCCAUAUCCGACGGGUUUUCUUCACUUCCAAACCACAAACAUUUGACUCGUGCAAACUUUAUUGUUUCCACUUCGAAGAGUAUUUCUUCUAUUAAUACAGUUGGUGUCGCUUUCGAGUUAGUUUCUGUUUACCCUGAAAAUGAAAAAGCAUUCAUUGAAUGUUGCAGUUCAGUUGUUGCUGACAUCAUCAUAAUUGACCCACGUCAAGACUUCAUCACAAACACCAAGGCUUUACAUUUCGCAUUGACGCGUGGUCUUUUCUUUGAGAUAACCGAAUAUUCUCUCAGACACUCCGACGAUCAAAAUAAAACAAAAGAGAACUUACGACUAUUCUUUGAACUUAUCAAAGGCAGAAAUAUCAUUUUGUCAAGCGGUGCAUUCACUUCAUCCGAAUUAAUGACACCAGACCAGCUACUUCAAUUUGGGAUGUCUGUUGGCUUAACACGUGGUCAAGCUUUCAAUGCUGUCUUCACAAAUUCAAUGCGUUGUAUUACUCGGUCGAAGAGACGUUCUCCAGUCCAGUGCAACUCAUUCACUUGUGUUAUAAUGGCAUAA